AGUUGGGGCCAUGCCCCCAUCGCUCUCCUGUCUACACUCUGUGGAGCAAGGGAGGUAAUACUCAUUUCCAUCACUCCUCAGUGAGUCAAUAGUCAGUGGGGAGGCUGAGGCCCCUUUCACCUACUAUUUCUAUGGAUUGGCUUAACUCUGCUUCUCAGCAAGCUCUGGGCGUUAGGGGUGAGUGAGGGGAUGGAAGGGGGCAUCAAUCCAGUGCGAGCAUAAGUUCUUCUCAGGGACCCAGAUAUCCAUCCCUCAAGACCUCAGUUUUUGUCCUCCUAUUGCAGCGCUUGACCUCAAGGAUGUGGAUACAGCCCUCCCUCCAGCACCCAUCACUGGGGUGUAGAAGAAUGCAGACUGCCCUAGAAAUGCAGUUGGGUGUUCUCCUCAUGCAGCUUUCCUGCCUGCCUUUCUGUAAGCUAUCAUCCCUCCCCGCUGAGCCAGAAGAUCUCUAAGGCCCCCUCCAGCUCUACCCUGCAGGCCUGUCUCUUCACCCCAACUCCUUCCCCAGUUCAGAGAACCCGACAUCCAGCUGCCCCGCCCCAGCUCUGGGUAAACAGGAAGCUGGGUGAGGGGAGCAGGGGUGUGGGGAAAGUCCCAGUCAGGUGUGUGGGUCUAUGGGGAGGGGGUGGCCCCACCCCUUAGGUAUGAAAGCCCCCCUGCCCUGGCCCUAGCUCAGUUUCAAUGGGGGCACUGUGGCUAGAGGGCUGGGGUAGGAGGCCCCAGGGGAAGGGCUGCCUCCUGCUGGCUGUGGCGGGAGCCACUUCCCUGGUGACCCUGCUGCUGGCUGUGCCUAUCACUGUCUUGGCUGUGAGGGCCUUGGUGCCCCAGGAGCCAGGAGGAGGACUGGUCACCAGGACCGCUGACCCGGGGAUGCAGGCCCAGGUCCAGCAGCGAUUGGGGUCACAGGAGCUGCCAGAGGAGGAAACAGAAGCAGAUUUCAGUUCCAGGCUCCCCGCCGCCCACCUCAUAGGCGCCUGGACCAAGGGGCAGGGGCUAGGCUGGGAGGCGAAGAAGGAAGAGGCGUUUCUGAGGAGCGGGACGCUGUUCUCGGGCGCCGAGGGGCUGGCGCUGCCCCGGGACGGCCUCUACUACCUCUACUGUCACGUCGGCUACCGGGGCCGGGCGCCCCCUGCCGGCCGGGGCCCGCCCGACCCCCCGGUGACGCUGCGCAGCCGCCUGCUCCGCGCGGGGGGCGCCUACGGGCCGGGGUCUCCCGAGCUGCUGCUGGAGGGCGCCGAGACCGUCACCCCGGCCCCCGGCCCGGCCCGGGCGCGCGAGUACGGGCCGCUGUGGUACACGAGCGUGGGCUUCGGCGGCCUGGUUCAGCUCCGGAGGGGCGAGCGCGUGUACGUCAACAUCAGCCACCCCGACAUGGUGGACUACCGCAGGGGGAAGACCUUCUUCGGGGCGGUGAUGGUGGGCUGA